AUGUGGUGCUACCUGUGGAUAUUUUUCACUGGAUUUCAUAUUUUAACUGCUUUCUACCCAAACACUGUUUGUUGCGCUUCUGAGAAUAAGGAAUACGAAUACGUACAUCCAGUGAAUAAAAUUCCAAAUGACUCUUAUAUAUUAGUGCAUACUGUGGGAGGAGAUCUUCUGUGUGUUCAUAGACGUUCGGGUUCAGUUAAGUGGAAGCUACACUCAGUUUCCGCUCUGAGUGCAGCUUACCAUGAUGGACCAAUGCUUGUUGUAGACCCAAUCAGUGGAUCUCUGUACGAAUAUGCCAGUGCUGUCUCUGAUUUCCUUUUUCACCAGUUAGAACAUUCGAUCAUGGGACACGUUCGGCGCUCUCCUGCGUAUUACAAAAAUUUCCUCUCCCUAGGUUCCAAAUCUGACUAUUGGAUAUCUGUCGAUAUGAAUACAGGAAACAUAAUAGAGUCUGUGUUUCAAGAUUAUGUGGAUAAAUGUCCAACUUCAUUAAACACUGGAAAUAUAAAUACCUUACAAAAUUCAACAGAACAACAGGCUGAUGUUAUUAACCUUGGAAGAACUCAGUACAACCUUGUUCUUCGUGAUCGAUUUACUGGAUCUGUUAAGCUUAACAUCACGUACAAUACAUUCGCUUCUCACACGGGGGCUGAUUUACAAAAUUACGACUUACAACACGUUGCUAUUACACAACCGGCUCUGUUGACCUUUGAAGGAUCAAAGUUAAUUUGGAGUCUGCCAUUAUCGUCGCCUGUAAUCGGUUUGUAUGCAGUAUGGUCACUGCCUGAUUCAUCGUCUAGUAUUCAUACAGUUAAUGAAAAUAGUAAUAAUAAUAAUAAUGACAAUUAUAAGGAUACAAUUAAUACGCACACGCAUGGUAAAGAUGUCCAUCAUCAUGAUGCGCCUGAUGAGUCGAAUUUCAACCCUACCAGUGAUGAUAAAGAGUCAGUAAGGGAAACAGUGAAAUUGCCAAGGAUUCUUAGACGUAUUGCAUUUACAACGUAUGCACUAGAUCUGGAGAAUACAUCACAUCUUCCUGAUGAUCAAAUUUAUGAUGUGAUAGAAGCAAAAUUUAAUGGCACAUUAGAUUUCGCACCUUCACUGUAUGUCGGUCGAUCGAAAUCAGCACCAGUUUACGCUUUUAUAUGCGUAGCAGAAUCUACACUACGGUUACGUGGUUUACGUAGAGCCUCUGAAAUGUAUAUGUUAGAAGGUCCAAAAAAUUUGAACACUGUAGAUAACAAUCGACCGCCUAGAACCGAAACAUACAGUAGCAGUGAUCAUAAGAAUAAUGAUAAUAUUUGGCCUAACGGUCUUAUUGGAUUGUAUGAAUUGCCUGCAAGUUAUAAUAGACCUUGGGUUAAUAAUGCAGCUGAUGAACAGUUUAUGCAUAUGCGUGAAAGAGGUGGACGAUUAAAACGUCUAUCAUCAAUACCAUCCGAUGCGUCUACUAUGUGGGCUGUCAUCGUACCUCCACCGAGUCCUUUGGAGAAUCCAUCAGAAAAUUUGGAUACAUCAGAAACCAGUGUAUCGCAGGAUUCAUCAUCUGUCAUCGAUGUGCACAACAAAAAGAUGAAAGGCAGUAGUUAUGCUGUCGAUAGUCGCUCUAAUACAUUCCUGUUUCGUUCUCAUUGGUUUUUCUGGUCCAUUUCACUACUAUUCACUAUUCUGUGCGUUCUCACCGCUUUGAUAUUCUUUCUAAACAUAUUUGUCAAGUCUUCAAAAAUUUACAACAUGACUUAUGGUGUAUAUUUUGAAAAUUUAUUUCGAGUAUUUGAAGCAACACAAAGUAUUUUUUCGAAGUUGUUCAUGUCACAUGUUAAUGAAAGUAAAGCAUAUUUGGUGAAUAGUCAGGCAGUGAAAGUGAAUCCUCCCACAGAAACACAUUCGGUAAUACCAGGUUUUCUUCCUUGUCAUUUCGAUAUACCAAACUCGGAUGGUUGGGCUGGAUGUUCGGCACAAGAAGCUGGUCAACCUGAACCAAUUCGUAUUAAUUUAAACAAAGUUCUAGGUCAAGGUGCAAAUGGUACAAUGGUUUUUGCUGGUACUUAUGGUCCACAUGAAACAGCUGUUAAACGUAUUGUAAGACAUCCUUUGCUGGAGAAACAUUGGCGUCGUGAACAUGCUAUAUUGUUGCAACACCAACAUCCACAUUUAGUUCGUUGCUACUGGACAGGUAGUACUGCAAAUUUUCAUUAUUUAGUAAUGCAGAGAUGUGCACUAAGCUUAAAUGAAGCCUUAUUUCGAAGUUCAACAAUUUCGUCAACAUCAGAUAGUACUAAUACAACAACUAAUCCUAUAAAAAGAACCAUCCUUGAUGAUUUGGGUUUAACUCCAGUUGAAAUAAUUCGUCAAUUUAUUUUAGCUGUUGCAUGUUUACAUCGUAACCAUAUUGUUCAUAGAGAUUUGAAACCAAGUAAUAUACUCAUAACUAUUGACAAUAAUAACAAUAUUAAUAAUAAUAAUAAUAAUAACAAUAAUAAUACUGACAGCGGCAAUAAUCAGUCUAUUCGGAAAGCACGUAUUGUUGUUGGAGAUUUCGGUCUGUCACGUCCUUUAUCUACAGAUGAACAACAGGCUGAUACAACUUUGAAUUCAUUUGGACCGCAUAUUUCAGUGAAAAUUCAACAAAUGAAAAAUUGUCUAUCAGUAACUAAUGAUAAUAAUAAUAAUAAUAAUGGUUGUACUGAUGAUACUGGUUUAGCUGACGCCAAACAAUUGAAAGAUGGUAACAAUCAAUGCAAUGCUGAUAACAAUGCUAAUGUUUAUGGUAUAUGUGUAAGGUAUGGUGAUCAGAAACAGCCCACUACUACUGCUACUACCACUGAUACUUUGAAUGGAAAAGAGAACAAGUGUGAUACAGAUAAUAGUGUUUGCUUUACUUUUGGUACACUUGGUUGGAUGGCACCAGAACUUUGUGAUACAGAAUCAGCGGCACAAGUGAAAUUCGCUAUCGAUAUAUUUGCUUGUGGUCUAUUGGCUUUCUAUGUGUUAACGCAUGGUAAACAUCCAUAUGAUCGAUGCGACAAGGAAUCCAGUGAAUUUCGGACAGAAAAUAGUACUCAAUCGUCAACAUCUUCGUCGUCAUCAUCAAGAACAUCGUUAUCUUCGUCUGUUAUCAAUACCAAUACUAAUACUGGGUCUACUAAUUCUGGAAAUGAGAACAAAUCAUUUAGAUGUACAUCUUUAAGUCGACAGCAUGAAAGGCAACUGGCGAUAGCUGAACGUUGUGAACCUAAUUUAAGUAUAUUGACAGAAAAUUCAACAAAUGUUUGUGAAAGCUAUCUGUCUCGUUAUCUCAUUCAAACAAUGCUGUCAUCAGAUCCUGAUAGUCGACCUACAGCUGAAGAGAUCACCUAUUAUCCAUUGUUUUGGUCACCGAAUAAAGUGAUUCGUUUCUUUUCGGAAGUCUCAGAUGUUAUGGAUGUCAGAGAUUGUUUAUUCGAUUGUUCUUCAAGAAAGAAUACUAUUCAUAAUGAUGGUGGUAGUGUUGAUCGCAGUAAGCUAAACAGAAGCCAUAACAUUAGUAGUGGUAAUAAUAAUAAUAAGGUUGAUAACAAUAACAGCAAAAACCAACAGAAUGCCAAAAUCAGUCCAUGUCGACAGUUAACUAAGAAACGUUUCAAUGAAUAUCAUUGUCAACAAAUGGUGUCUGAACUUGAUUGUUAUACACAUUGGAUAUUCAAUAAACACUGGUUCUCCAGACUAGAGCCGGAACUUGUUCAUGACUUGUUGAGCACUAGGGGCUAUCAAGAUACCUCUGCUCUAUACCUUCUACGGGCUAUUCGAAAUAAACGCAAUCAUAUAUGGUCUUUACCAGAAAAUAUUCGUGCUAUUUUCGGUCAUAAUCAUGAAGGUAUGGCAGCUUAUUGGACAAGUCGUUUCCCUGCACUUCUCCCGCUUACAUAUGGUCUGUGUAAUAAACACUUCACUGGGAAUGCGAAUUUCGCAGAAUUUUUGCCACCCACAUCUGUAAGCAAAGUGUUCGUUGGUGCUCCAGUGAAUUGUCCGUGGUGGCCCAUUUGGAAUACUGAUGAUAACAGUCAGUCGAAUGAAACAUCGGUUCAAACAAACAAUGAAACUAACCAAUCAAGUUCAGACGGAAGACAGACGAUGAAAUCGGAUUCCAGUGUAUGGAAACGUGGUGAAGUUGUAUGCUCUUAUUCUGCAGAAUAUUAUAAACAAUAUGAUAAACCGCCUAAUCCUUUGAAGACAACGUCGAUGUUAACAACAAAAUCCUCUGAUAUACACCAAGAAGAAGAAGAAGACAGAAUUCAUUCCAGCGAAAUAGAUCCAAGCGAUGAAAACAGUACUGAAGGUAUAACAACAACCACUGAUGCUGCUGCCGCUGGUAGUGGUAAUCGUCGACGUCGUAGACCUAAUCAACCUAAAAAGAUACGUCCGUGUAAAAAACAAAUCAGUAUGCAACGACGUGAAAGUAUGCUUGCAAUAGCUGGAAGUGAAUUGCCUUUUUUGCAGACAAGCAUAAAUAAACCUAUCCAUGAAAGUUAAUCAAUCAACCCUGACUAUACACUCUUCAAUGAAGUGCAUGUCUUUCUCUUCGUUUUCUUUUUUUAUUUCUACACUUCUUGUAUAUAUUAUAUAUCCAAUGUUCUCUUUCUUGAAACUUGCUUUCAAGAUUUUGUCGUUUAUUUGUAUCAGUGUUGUCAACUCUUUGUAGGUCUGUUUGUGUGUACUUUCACACUAUUAACUAAGAUUUGUGAUAUUUCAUAAUAUCUGUAGAUGUUAUUAUUAUUAUCGUUUUUAUUUUAAUUAUUUGUAAAUAUACUCUUGAUUAAGUUGGUGGUUCUUCAUAUUCAACAGUGUUCGA